AUGCGUUUUACCUUGGUUGCAAUACUGGGCUUCCAAAAAUCACAAGCAAUGACUCCUUGCCAGGGGGUUAGAAUUGGUUGGAAGAUUGCCAAACACGCACCACCUGGGGAUAAGGUGGACUCUGAGAAACUGGGCCACAUUAUGGCUGAGGCAGUGUCAAAAAAUCCUGAACUCAUGCAAAAUGAAGAGCUGUUCUCAGCUAAAGUGAAAGAAGUGUUUGGCCAGUUGAGAGAGGCCAACCGCCCUGCCUGUGGGCAUGGUCAAGGCUCCAUUCAAAAAGGGAAGAAAGGCACAAAGUUCUGUCUUGAAUGCCUUUCACGUGCAACCAAUUAUGGAAGUAACACCUGAAAUUGACAUGUGAAUGUAUCUCUGGGAGAUGUAAACCAUGACUUGUUGGUUAGUCAGGAAUCAAUUGGGGGUUGAAACCAUUCUUAAACUC